AUGAGAAACACAAACGACGUAGCCAAAACCUACGAACGUCUGGAGACUCACAGGUCAGAGCAUUCGAUAUUUCAGCGAGUCUUCGUCGCUGUUUUCGGCACCCUAUUGGCCGCUUUAUUGACGCUGCGAUUUUGGCUGGCUACAAAGCAGUCUCCGCGACGCGUCACGAGAGAAGAUAGUCGUAUUCCAUCAUCUGGCGGCAAACAGUCCGCGGGUUCAGGUGCUAGCCGCAGCGAUCACUGCCGUUGCAAGACAUGCUCUGGAGGUAGAUCGGCGCGCCUAAUGAUUAGAGGCAGUGAAGGCAAGUUCACACCUCAGUGUCGUCGUCGUAUCACCAGUGGCAGCCUUAGCGGCAAAUCGUCGGCGACUUUCGCAACCGCUCACCUCCCGGAGUGCUACGGCACAAGCAGCGGCCCGGCCUGCAUAACAGCUUAUACCAGCACUAGCAAUUCCGGUGUCGCACCUGUCGCAGCGACGCAAACAUCUGCGAGAAGUCGCCUCAGCAGUCGACGAGGUUCUUCGUCGUCGCAGUCUCAUCCGUCGUUGACAGCGCAGCGACAGAGACGCGGCGACGACCAGCGUAAGGCGAAAGACGAGGGCAUGGCUCAGCGUUCGAAUCUACCACAGGGCGUGAACUACAUGGAGUACGACGAGUGGAUAAACAGCGGUCUAAUCGUUUUGUUAGACACGAUAGACGAAGAAGACACGGAUGAUCUGAACAGCAGCAGCGACAUACCUUCGAUUGACGGCGAUGGCGAUGGCGAUGGCGACGGCGACGGCGAAGACGAGCCGGAAGGAAGCGGAGUUGUGAGUGGAGCAGAGGACGAUGAAGGCGAGGAGGCAGACGACUCCGAUGCGCAGACAGUCGUCUCACGAGAUGCCAGUCCUACGACGAACACGACGAAGACAACGAAGACGACUGCCGACUAUUCCGAGUGCGGGAAACCAUGUGGAUCUGGUGACCGUUUUCAACUGCCAGGUAAGCCGUAUGUCUUUUGCGCAUAUAUCACUUCUCUGCCCUUCCGCAUCGUUGUACGACACAACGAGUUACGUGGUACCACCUACCUCAUCUCUAGCAACUCAGACGAUCAAUUAACACUGCUGAGGUAUGAUUUUCGGUCGCUUUCGCCUUGA